AUGUAUCCCAGCUCUCUCAUUGCCAAGGGAGGGAGGCUGGAACAAGGGGCAGAUCGAGGGGCAGUGAUCAAGAGAUGUUUGGUCGCGAGUGACUCUACACCUCCCCUGCUGGUAGACUUGGAGCAUUACAUCUCCAAGCUGACCCUGUACAAUGGCUCAUGCUACAUUUUCUGGAUCUUGGUGCUGUUAAAGAAAGGCUUGCAUUUAUAUAGCGACUUCCACGACCUCCCAAAGUUUGCAGCCAAUGAAUUAUUUGAGAAUGGGUUCUCUAAGCCGCAAGAGAACUGGUACCAAUUUGGAAUCAUUAAAGAAGAUGGUGACUUUAGAGGCUGUGUGACCUUGCUGUGUGCAGAUUGGCUGCCGUGUUUCCUACACUACUACGGCCCCAGGCAGUUUGCCACCACUUUAGCGAGAUUUGCUUUAUCAGAGACUGGACAAAUCGGGACCCAGUCCCAUCUCAAGUACGAGUACAAGUGCUACGUGGUUGGUCCCAGGAGCCUGUUAAGCAUGCUAAAUGUGCCACUUCACACCGCCUGGCUCUGUCUCUGCUUGGUUUCCGCUGCAUCUCUGCACAUGACAGUGCUUCCGAGCUCUGCCAUUGACCCUUCAUUACUGCCAGACCCUCCACGCAUCAAAUGGACUAAAGUCUUGCUCGAAGGUGGGAACAGGAAGGAGAUCCCUGUGCUGGUAGCCAAGAACAACACAGUGAAGCUAAACCCAGCCUAUCAGGGCAGGGUCAGUCUGCCUGGGUAUGGCCCCUUCCAUUACAAUGCCAGCUUGGAAAUUUUCUCUCUGAGAGCAAGCGAUGCAGGCAUCUAUCAAUGUGAAGUGGUUGUGGGGAUUGAUGAUGAGCAGGACACAGUCCCUUUAGAGAUCAUGGGGGUCGUGUUCCAUUACCGUGCCGGGAGCAACAGGUACUCACUCACCUUCGAGGCCGCCACUCAGGCCUGUCUGGACAACUCAGCGAGGAUCGCAACCCCCGAACAACUGCUGGCUGCUUUCCAGGACGGGUUUGAUCACUGUGAUGCUGGCUGGGUUUCUGAUAAAACUGUGAGAUACCCAAUCAGGUCACCAAGGCCUGGUUGCUAUGGGGAUAAGUUUGAAUAUCCUGGCAUCAGAACCUACGGAAUUCGAGACCCUGGUGAGCAGUAUGAUGUCUACUGUUACAUCAAAGAACUGAAAGGCACUGUGUUUCAUGAGACGGCCACUCUGAAAUUGAACCUGACUGAGGCCAUGCAUCAAUGCCAGAUGCAGGGAGCUGAACUAGCAACUGCUGGCCAGCUCUACAUGGCCUGGAGACAAGGCUUCGAUCAGUGUGACGCUGGCUGGCUUGCUGAUGGCAGUGUACGGUACCCUAUCAACAUUCCCAGGAAGAACUGUGGAGGCGAUAUACCAGGUGUGAGGACAGUUUACCAGCUCCCAAACAGAACAGGCUUUCCUGAUCCAAGCUCAAAAUAUGAUGCCUACUGUUAUAGAGAUCCAGAGGAGUCAAACCCUUGCCAGACAAACCCUUGCCUGCAUGAGGGAACCUGCUUGUCCAACAGAACAAUCUACACCUGCAACUGCGUCCCUGGAUUCACUGGGGAAAACUGCGAGAUAGAUAUUGACGAAUGCCAGUCCAGCCCCUGUGAAAAUGGAGCAACCUGCGUCGAUGGGAUCAAUUCCUUCACUUGCCUCUGUUUACCAAGUUAUGCUGGCAGGUUGUGUGAGGAAGAUACAGAGGGAUGUGAUCACAACUGGCAAAAGUUCCUGGGCCAUUGCUAUCGAUACUUCUCCCACAGACGCUUGUGGGAGAACGCAGAGAAGGAUUGCCGAAGCCAUGGUGCACACCUGGCCAGCAUACACUCAGCUGAGGAGAAGGAGUUCUUGAACAGUUUGGGUCGGGAGUAUGCUUGGAUUGGUCUGAACGACAGGACAAUCGAGGAGGAUUUUCAGUGGACUGAUGGCACUACUUUGCAAUAUGAAAACUGGCGGGAAAACCAACCAGACAGUUUCUUUGCUGGAGGAGAGGACUGUGUGGUCACAAUCAGGCAUGAAAAUGGGAAGUGGAAUGACGUGCCAUGUAACUACAACCUGCCCUACAUCUGUAAGAAGGGAACAGUGCUCUGUGGCCCACCCCCGGCUUUGGAACACGCCAUGAUCAUCGGCAGAAAGAAGGCGCGUUAUGAGAUCCAUUCGCUGGUCAGAUACCAGUGUGAGGAUGGUUUCGUCCAACGCCACAUCCCCACCAUCAAGUGCCACACCAACGGGAAGUGGGAUAACCCUAAAAUACUCUGCCUAAACCCUGCCUCUGGGAACCGCAGAUCUCGAAGGCACCAGCAUAAAUCCAGCAGGAAAGAGAAGCGAAAGCACAAGAGGAACCCGGACUUGCAUCAGGUGGAUCUGAGGCCCUUCUACUGA